AUGAGCCCGUUCAUUUUUCAUGGCUUAACGGGAAAUCUCAAGGUCAAUCGCCCUCAGAAAAUCAAGGUUGGAAUCGAGAACGACUUCCUGUCUCUCACCAAACAAAAGCUGGGCCUGGCGCGAUACCCAGAGGAGCAGAUCGACUUCGGACCCCAAGACUGGAGCCAAGGAGCCAAAGUAUCGGCAGUGAAGGAGCUCGCCGAAUACUGGCAAAACACGUACGAUUGGAGCGCGCAAGAGGAACUUCUCAAUACCAUAUUCAACCACUACCUUGUCAAGGUCGAUGUCCCAGGCUAUGGCAGUCUCGUCCUUCACUUCACCCAUACAGCGUCUUCAAGGCCCGGCGCCAUACCUUUGCUCUUCUCUCAUGGCUGGCCGGGCUCCUUUGUAGAAGCCGCCCGUGUGGUCCGGGAGCUUACGGAACCCAGCGACCCGGAACAGCAGGCCUUUCAUCACGUCGCUCCGUCGAUCCCCGGCUUCGGCUUCUCCCCAGCCCCCUCCGUGUCUGGGGUGGGGCCCGAGAUCGUCGCGCGGGCCUACAAGAUACUCAUGACGGACGUGCUGGGCUACAAGUGGUUCGUCACGCAAGGGGGCGAUUUCGGCUCGUUCAUCACCCGGUCCAUCGCGCUGCAGUAUCCCGCCGUCGUUAGGGCACAGCACCUGAACAUGUUCCCAGUCCCGCCGCCGAAACCCUUCUCGGCGCCCAGGGCCUAUCUCCGGUGGUGUCUCUCCAGGUUUUUCUACACCCCCUUUGAGAACGAGGCGUUGAGGGUGAGGCGGAAUUUCGAGGUCGACCAGAGCGGUUAUCUAGAGCAGCAAAAGACCCGGCCACAGACUCUCGGGUUUGCGCUUGGGGAUUCCCCUCUCGGCCUGCUCGCUUGGUUUGUGGAGAAGAUUCACGACUGGGGUGACGUCGAGGAGGCAUUCACCAACGACACCAUCAUCACCCUCGUCAUGAUGCACUGGAUUCAAGGCGCCACUCCUGGAUUGAGGUUCUAUCGCGAGGCGUUCGGCUCCCGUCGCGAGGCCGAAAAGACUUUCGAGGCCUACGUCGCCUGUCCCACUGGCGUCAGCAUGUACGCCAAAGAACAGCUCCACUGUCCAAAGGACUGGGCCCAGCAGGCCGCAAAUGUGCAGUUCUGGAAGGAAUAUGAGAUGGGCGGUCACUUCUCGUCCCUGGAAUGCCCAGAUAACUUCAUCAAGGACAUCAGGGAGUUUUUCUGCUCCAAGAAUGUCAAGGAUUCUAUUGAGGAAGUUCGGUAG